CACACAUGUAUCUUUUAUCAUUUAUUAUUAUCAUCAUCAAUCAUCAUUUAUCUUGUUAGCUUUCAAAGUUGAGAGAGGCCUAUGGAUUACUAUACACUUGUGUUUGGGUCAAUUUUAGUGUUGGCUAUCCUUUGUAAUAUCAUAGCAAAAAUAUGUAGCAAAGGAAGCAAAAAAGUUCCACCAGGUCCAUCACCAUGGCCAAUUAUUGGAAACCUUCACUUGUUAGGUGCAAAACCUCAUAUAUCACUAGCCAAUCUUGCAAAAAAUUAUGGUCCAAUUAUGAGUUUAAAAUUAGGUCAAAUAACAACAAUAGUUAUUUCCUCAUCAACCAUUGCAAAACAAGUCCUUAAAACUCAAGAUCAAGCCUUUUCAUCUAGAUUUGCUCCUAAUGCUCUUCAAGCACACAACCAUUACAAAUUUUCUGUGGCGUGGCUUCCUGUUUGUCCUCAAUGGCGAACGCUUCGAAGAAUAUUGAACACUAACCUCUUAUCUUCCAAUAAGCUUGAUGCAAAUCAACAUCUAAGGUCUCAAAAGGUGAAAGAAUUGAUUGCUUAUUGUGACAAAUGUAGUAAACAAGGUGAAGCUUUGGAUAUAGGUCAAGUUGUUUUCAAGACUAGUCUUAAUUUGUUGUCAAACACACUUUUCUCCAAGGAUUUGGCUGAUCCUUUUUCAGAUUCAAAGGUAGAGUUGAAGGAAGUUAUAUGGGGUAUCACGGCUGAGGUAGGGAAGCCUAAUUUAGUAGAUUUUUUUCCCAUACUUGAAAUAUAUACACCUUAUACUAAAUAUACAUAUAUGAAGUGGUCAUGAUUUUACAAUCAAGUUAUUGUUUCGAAAGCAAUUUGACCUACAAAGUGAAGAUUUCCCAUAAUAUUGGCCAUGAUGGAAGUUUUUUGCUUCCUCUUUCUGCA